AAACAAUGAAUAAAGUAGCCGUUGGGAGCCUUGCUCUAUAAAAAGGAGGUAAGAGGAACAGAGCUAAGUUCAAGAUAUUCCCCAAGGUCAAGACAUCAGAAAAGCUGCAAUCUGGCUAUGGAGGCUGUUGUUGUAGACCAGUCAAUCUCUGCCUGCAAGCAGAUUAAAAUGAUCAGAACAACCCCAAGAUCCUCUGAAAAUCUUGCUCCCAUAAAUUACAACAUCCAUGGGGGUCUCUUGCAGGCUCCUUCACCUUCUCUCUCAUUUUCAUAUAACCCUCCAGCUUCUCUCUACAAUCAAUAUCGGUACCAGCAACUUCAACACGUACAGAGGCAGCAGCAACAACACCCACCUCUCCUUCCUCUGCCGGUUCCAAACAGACCUCCUCAUCAUCACCAGUCUCUGCCAUCUCUCCCAUCUCGUACCCGAGGCCUCUCUCGCCCUCCCACCACCAGAAAGGCCAACAACGCCAGAAGCCAAUCUCUCACACCCAAGAAACCAAAAUCAAAGCCCUCUAAGAAAGAAGAAGCUAAGCAAAUAUCUGACUGCUUGAUCAUUGCUUCCACCAACCGUUUGGGACCCGACCCGAAUGAUCUUCCCAAAGAUGUCACUAAGGUUUUGAUGACAUCAUCAUCAUCAUCAUCAUCUUCCUCUUCAUCAUCAAUUGGUAAUAUGAGUGAUCUUAGUGGUGGUGGUGUUGGUGUGGGAGAUAUGGAUAAGUUUUCAGGUUCCAUUUUCACUCUCUCGCCACCUCCGAGUAGUUUGCCUCUCCCAAGGUUUUCUCUGCAGCGAAGGCUCAGUCGCAACGCUGAAGCUGCAGGGAUCGACGCAGGAGCAACGGACAAUCUCCGCCGUCUGUUACGUCUCCGCUGAACGGCUGAAGUUGUUGUUUGGUUUAGUACGUAGUGGUUUUGGUGGUGGUACCCAUGGUUUGUUUUGUUUGUAGGUUGGUGUCUUUUGUGUAAAUAAAGGCUUCGUGGAGGGUGAUAGUAUCAUGAAAUCUCUCUCCUCCCUUCUCCUUCCUUCUCCUUGAGGAAAUUUGUGAUCACCACCUGUGUUUUUGAUUGGGUGCACAAAAAAAAAAAAAAACUUCAAGGAUGUUUUUUUUCUCUUUUAAUUUGUUUGUCGUUUUGUUGGUCAAUCUCGUAAUAAUGUAAUUUAUGACUAAGAGAAUGGUUUUAGUUUUUGAUUUAUAAGUUAUAUAACCUAUACAAUUGUUCUGAGUAUUGUAAUUUGUAUUUAUUCCCAAGGAAAUAAUUGUAAUUUGUAUUUGUUCCCAAGGAAAUACAAAAACUCUUGCAGUA